AUGUGGAGACUGAAUGAACGCUUAAGAAAAGGGGUCAAGCGCGGAAAAGGAGGACACCUCCAAGUCACAGGUUCUAAUGUCGCUCUCCGGUGUGGAUUUAACCCCAAAACUCAGGCUUUCAGCGAUGGGAUGUGGGAGAUCGACUCAGCCCUCUUGCAGCUGUUCAGGGGGCCGAGGAUAGAACCAAGACAUCGGCCAGAGUCACCGACAGAGUGGCCUGCUGGUUCUCCACCCGGUGUCUGGCUUCCAAACAAUCAGUGCGCUCGGAGGCGCAGGAGAAGCCAGCCAACGCAGACGCGUUUUUAAAGCGUAAAUUCCACUUUUGCCCAUCGUCGUGGUAGUAAGUCGAUCUCUUCACAGCUCCGCGAAGCGGAUGGAGUGAACUGUGCCAAAAGAGGAGGGGGUAGUCAGACUGCAGUUCGGUUGCGUGUGAUGAUAGGAGACACAAUGACGCUCCUGUCUCUUCUGGGUCGGAUCAUGCGCUAUUUUCUCCUCAGGCCGGAGACGUUGUUCCUUCUGUGCAUCAGUCUGGCGCUGUGGAGCUACUUCUUUCACACCGACGAGGUGAAAACCAUCGUCAAGUCCAGCCGGGAUGCCGUGAAGAUGGUGAAGGGGAAAGUGGCGGAGAUGAUGCAGAACGACCGCCUUGGAGGCCUCAGCAUUCUGGAUGCGGAGUUCUCCAAGACAUGGGACUUCAAGAAUAACAACGUAGCCGUGUACUCCAUACAGGGCAGGAGGGAUCACAUGGAGGACCGCUUCGAGGUGCUCACCGACAUCACCAACAAGAGCCACCCGUCUAUAUUCGGGAUAUUCGACGGUCACGGCGGGGAGGCUGCAGCUGACUAUGCGAAGGCCCACCUGCCUGAGUCUCUGAGGCAGCAGCUGCAGGCCUUUGAGAGGGAGAAGAGGGAGAGUGCUGUCUCUUACGCCAGCAUUCUCGAGCAGCGCAUCCUGGCUGUGGAUCGGGAGAUGCUGGACAAGCUCUCCGCCAACCAUGAUGAAGCAGGUACAACAUGCCUGAUGGCGCUGCUGUCAGACAGAGAGCUUACUGUGGCCAACGUUGGAGACUCUCGCGGGGUGUUGUGUGACAAAGAUGGUAAUGCGGUUGCACUGUCACAUGACCACAAGCCAUAUCAACUUAAGGAGCGCAAGAGGAUCAAGAGGGCAGGAGGCUUCAUCAGUUUUAAUGGAUCCUGGAGAGUUCAAGGAAUCCUGGCUAUGUCUCGCUCCCUGGGGGACUACCCUCUCAAGAACCUCAAUGUCGUCAUUCCCGACCCAGAUAUUAUGACCUUUGACCUGGACAAACUGCAGCCAGAGUUCAUGAUCCUAGCAUCUGACGGUCUCUGGGACGCCUUCAGUAAUGAGGAGGCAGUACGCUUUGUCCGUGAGCGGCUGGACGAGCCUCACUUCGGUGCCAAGAGCAUUGUCCUCCAGUCGUUCUACCGCGGCUGCCCCGACAACAUCACGGUCAUGGUGGUGAAGUUUAAAAGUGGAGCUGGGAGAAGUAGCAAGGUCGGUCAGUAGGGGAGGGGUUUAGAGCUCACACUGUGAUCAGAACGAUGCUUUCCCCCUCAUCUGGAUGCAGCAGGAAGAUCAUUGGAAGAAACAGGAAAGCGGAGGAGUGUACCUGUGGCACAGGUUUCCUCGCAUGUAAAAUCAAAGCUGUUUUAUGUCAACUGAUUAUGAAAAGGACAUUUAAACUUACUAUAACUAACCUAGGUAUGAAUGAUCAAUUCCUUAAAAAAUAAAUACAGAACUACUACAGACACAGGGAAUUUUCUCUUAACCAGCACAUACCAGACUGUGACUGCUUUACUUCUGUUUACUUUAACUUGCAAAUGGACAGUGCAGCUCCAUUGGAAGCUUUUCAUGGCACACAUUGAGGAAAAUCUGUUAUUACGGGAAGGUGCUAAAAAUGCAACUGCAAAACCACCAUCCAGCUUGUGGCAAUACGAUGCUGCUCUGAAUUGUUGUAUGUAUCAGACAUCAUUUAUCAAAUACAACAAGGCUGCAGUGGAUCCAAUAUGUUUAAUUAACUUGAAGCAGUGCUUUACAUAGAUCUAACCUUUAAGUAUACAAAACAAACCCCUUGCAUACUUGAAUGGUUGCUGUGUAGAAAGUAUCACCCUUAGUAUGCAUUCAGCAUGCAUUCUGAACUGCAUGGAUUCUAUAAAUAACCUGCCGACACAUCUAAUAGGGCUUCAGACCACGCUAGUUUGACUUUGCAGUUCCUUCUUCGUUCAUUGAACUCUUUAAGAAACACGUUUCUACAUUAGUAAGCUGUCUUCCCAAAAGUAGAUUCAAAAAAAGAUAAAUGAUGAAACUGAGGCGUCUUUAUUAAGAUUUGUGAACUGAAAUUGCUAAUUCAUUGUAUUUUUAAGAAGAAAACUGAAUUUCUAAUUCGUUAGUUUAAUAAUAGUCUUUCAUCCUAUUAUGUAAUGGAAACUUUUACCAAACCUUUACAACAGGUAUGCUGUUGUGUGUCAUUCUUGUGUUUUAAAUGCAUACAAAGACACGCAAAUAAGUAAUGCUCUGGCAUCGCUUUCCUAUGCAUCUGAGUGGAAAAGACACGUUCUAAUCUCCAGUUAAAUCAGACUGCCAAGAAUUUUCUAUACAUGUCCAAAAAUCUUGUGUCACUAGUCCUGCAGCUUUGAGAAGCUAUGGAAUCAUUGCAAGUGCUGCUAACUUUUUUGGCAAUGACCUGGUAAUACCAUCUCAUGCUACAACAUGCAGAUGCUCUGUUUGUGCUGAAGAAGAUACACUCACCUUGGCUGAGUGCUUCAAGGAGCUCCAAAUGCAGGGCAGUCUGGCCUAUUUUUGAUUAAUUUGACUAAUAAAUUUUUGACCAUUUAAUAACACUUGUAGACCAUUUAUAGAGAAUUGUGCUUUCAUUCUCAGAUGGUCAGGUAAAACUGGAAAAGAAACUGAGACAGUAAUCUUACAAAAUGAGACAUCAAGCCACACACAUACUGCAUAGAUGUGACAGGAUGUCACUAAGGUUGGUUUUCCUGGAAGUGACCACUUAAUUGCAUUAAGAAUGGAGCUGAAAUCAUCCUUGUAAAUGGGUUUUUCUGUGGACACACUUUGAUGGAGCUGUUGUAAAGGUUUACGUAGAUUUUCUUUUCUCUCUCUUUACCUUGAGGAAUGACCCCUACUGAAACCUUAUUUCACGAAAAUAACUUUUUUUUAAAGUAUUAAUAUUGUUUUAACUCUUUUUUUUUAAAGCCAUCUUUCAAGUCUGCAGAAGGUGGGUGGUACUCAAAGAGAAAUUAUGGACAAAAUGCUAAGUUAAAUGCAAGUUAAAGUGUUUUUUCCCCAAUCUGCAUCAAGGCAUGUGCUUUUGCUUCUCCAUGUUAAUGAACAAAGUACUGUACUUAAGAGGUUUAUCAGACGCUGGUUUUGAGCAGAUGAGCCCACAAGACUUGCUAAAACAAAUGAGAAGAUGACUCACUAUGAACUCUUUGCCUCAGAAGGGAAUACUGGUGGUUAUACAGCUGACUUCACAGGGAAGAGCCACAUGUCUAGAGAAAGUUCCAGUAAUCCACGCUUGAUUUACUACUGUUUUCAGUUCAACUAUUACCACUGUGUACUAUGACUACGUUAUCAGCUGAGCGCAACAAUGAGAACUUUUUUUUUUAAUAUUACUAUUUACCAGUUUACCUGAUGCCUUAUUUAUUGAGUUUUUGGAUGUCUCCGGCAGAUCACACCAGAUCAGCAUACCGUAUGUUUAAUCUCUGUCCCUCUGUACCUCAGCAGAAGUUUACAAUAAAAACAUUUUCCUCUGAGAAGAUGGAAUCCUGAGUAUUAAAACCAUGUUCUGUAAAAUAUGCAUUUUUUGGAAUUGUAUAAUACCAGAAGCCUGACAAAUAAUGUAAACAACUCUAAAUAUCAAUAUUAUUUACUUUGUUUUAAGUUUUAUUUUUACAGCUCAGCAAAUAGGGAAAUAUAGGCAAUUGUCAGAUAAAGCUCUGCCAUUUUGCUUUUCGUCACCUGUUUGGGAAAUUGAGUCAUCUGUCUUCUCAUUGCAGGGUCUAAAUAAACACGUUGUAAAUCUG